AACCAACAAUUAUACAAAUAAAUUAUCGCACUACCAACAAUUCUCUAUCGAUAUCGAGUGAAACAAUUGACAAAUCUCGGUCUAUUAAUCUGUCGGCCAAAGUCAUCUUCGAUUUUUAAUUAGUCAUUUAAAAUUGCAGGAGAGGCUAACAAAACUUUUGAACCUCAGUACAAACGGACACAAACCUAGUACAAACGAUUGAAUUUAUUCAUGUAACGCAAAACAAUCACCUGUCGGAUAUCUGCGUACGCAUCGCAUUACUAUCACUGCCAUAUUGUCACAUUCGUGUUUCCCAGUGCACCCCACUCCUGUGUUCGCCAUUGACAAUCAGUAUUACAACAUCAUCGACAAGAGCGCGACAGAGAGGACGAAGCAGAGUGAUAAAUACAAGGAGAGAGGGUAAACGUCAGUGUUCAAACAAAAUCCCCGGCUUUUUAGGUCACAACAGGGGACCGGUGACACUGGAAUCUCUCGAUUACUUUAUUUUUUUUUCGAGUGAGACCUGAGUGAUUUGCAUUUUGCAAUGGUGUUUUGUGACAAAUUGACCGAGUGCUCGCAAGGAGAAAUUCAUGUGAUAAUGGGGGAUAAUAGCGAUUACGUGGAUUUACUCGGAGAGAGACGCAAGAGUUCUGAUUUUUUAUGGGUAUCGAGAUGCAUGGAUCCUCUUGUACCUCAUCCUCUGCCUCCGGGAAUGAAGUACACCAGGGAACAAACCAUUGAGGCGGCAUUGAAUCACCCCAGGGUAGCUUUUACUGUGGAAACUCUGGCUGCUGCUAGGGGAGUGGACAAGGCCAUUGUCAGGAGGGAGGCUAGGGAUAUGCUCGAGGAGAUGGCCAGCAAGGCACAUCUACCUACUGUUCGAUGGAUUGGUCUGCUAACCGUUAAAGUAUUGAAGCGAAUUUUAAUGAGUUUUCGAGUGAACCAGAAGUAUCUACUCGAGAUACGCGAGCAGAUGAAACACUCUGAUGUACAGUACGUCUAUGUGCCAUCCCACAGAAGUUACCUGGAUUUUAUACUGAUGUCGUACCUUCUUUUUACAUAUGAAAUGGCCCUGCCAAAUAUUGCCAGUGGAAUGGAUUUUUACAGGAUGAAAAUUGUUGGUGAAUUGCUUCGUAAAACUGGAGCAUUUUACUUGAGACGAAGUUUCUCUCAUGACUUAUUAUACAAGGAAAUUUUCAAGGCUUAUGUCGCGUCUUUAGUUGAAAAUAGCGACCGAGCAAUUGAAUUUUUUAUCGAAGGAACGAGAAGCAGAAGCCAGAAGAGCAUAUCGCCCAAAUAUGGACUACUGAGUAUGAUCCUUGAGGCGGUGUUCCAAGGUCUCGUGCCAGACAUUCAAUUUGUACCAAUAAGCGUAGCAUACGAUAGACCCUUAGAAGAGUCUUUGUUCUCAUACGAACUACUCGGGGUUCCAAAGCCAGCAGAGACCACUAGUGGACUUUUCAAAUCCCUAUCGAUUCUCAAGGAAGACCGAGGACACGGUCACAUAUAUUUUAACAUAGGACCACCGAUAUCAGCACAAAAAUUCAUGGACUACAAUAUACGUAGGACGAGUGCCUUAUCUCCAAAUGCAAAAUUACCCACCGAGGUUGUGAAAAAUUUAGCGUUUGAAAUCAUUGAGAGCCACAAGAGAAAUACCGUAUUCAUGCCCUUCAAUUUGAUUGCUGUACUAUUCAAUGAACGUGUUCAUUCAUAUCCACGUAAUCCGUAUUGUUUUGACGGACUACUGCAGGACUACUGCUGGUUGAAGGAAAUUAUGAAGAAACAAGGGGCCACAAUUUUUCCAAAAGUUGACAGUGGAGACGACGAGUCAUACAGGCGAUCUGAAAAAGAUGACAUCAAAGAGUCACUGAAUACUCACAAAAAUUUACUGAGUUUCGAUUUACAUAAUUCGUUGACUCUUCAUGAUAAUUAUCGGGAUGUAAAAUCAGGAAAAAUUCGAAAUGUCAGGGGUCACGAUUUGGAUGAGAGAACAAUGAAAAUAGCUGUUCCUGCUAUCAACCUUGGGAUUUAUGUCAAUCCCAUUUUCGCAUUUUUUACUAAAGCAGCAAUUGCUGCUGUUUCAGUACACACUUCACAUCAAUCCAAAGAUUAUACCCGAGAAAAGUAUAUUCUUCUCAGAACGUUAUUAAGUAAUGAAUUUGGAUUGCCCACUGAUGACAAUAAAAACAUAAUUGCCGAUGAGUGGACGCAUGAGAUGGAGUUUUUAACUAACGUAGAAUGUUUUAAACAAGAGAGCGAACAAAUUACAUAUGGAAGUAAUGAGAAACUCAGACUAUUACUUAGUAAUUUAAUUACACCAUUCAUCAGUGCCGUUUAUGUAACGUGUUUAACAUUAUAUCAGUGGGAUAAUCUAAUAAUGGAGGGUCCAACCGAAAAAAACAUUCUGAAAGAAUCUCAACGACAAGCAGAGACUCUGCUCUUUGAAGAUAACAGCCUUGUCCGUCAUCCCUACACCCUUUCCUUAGAUCUGUAUUCAUCGACAUUAGUGAGUUUAGUGUCAUACGGUGCCAUAAAACUCGUACAAAAUCAGCCGAAUUACGAGAUAGACAGACCAAAUAUCUCAACAGUUAUUGGUGAUCUCGAGACGAUACUUUUAUCGCGAGAAACACCUGGAAGUUACCUGGAUAUUGGCCUCACCCUUAUUCGUCAAGCUGACAAUACACUUCAGGCCAAGUUGUGAUUGUUCAGUCAUACAACCAAAUUGAAUACCAAAUUGAUCAAUAUUGGCAGUAUUAUACAAUGUUGAAUUAAUAAAGUAAUACUUAUAUCUGCCA